UAAAGAUUCCAUUUGCUCGACUCAAAAUUGUUGCUUUUUAAGUCAAUGGAUGGAUGAUCCUUUCAUUUGGUCAUUCGCAAGCUGCUUGUUUAUACAAUCCAUCCAGGCAGUAUACUUGUUCACAAACCUCCAUGGCACUUGUGAGAGCAGCCGAUCCACAAACCUCCUCUGUUUCCAGUACUUGUCGAUAUUAUCGUUAUGACGUGUUCCUGAGUUUCAGAGGCCAAGACACUCGCAAGACUUUCACUGACCACCUCUACGCGAACCUUGUCAAAGCCGGAUUUCGCACUUUCCGAGACGACGAUGAAGUCGAGAGAGGAGAAGGUAUCAAGCCCGAACUGCAGAAAGCAAUCAAAUACUCACGAACUUCUGUUAUUGUGUUCUCGAAAAACUACGCAUCGUCCAGAUGGUGCCUUAACGAGCUCGUCAUGAUCCUUGAACGGCUCUCAGCUGACCAUGUCGUUUUACCUGUCUUCUACGACGUGGAUCCAUCCGAUGUGCGGAACCAGACAGGAAGUCUUGCAAAGGCAUUUGCUAGACACCAAAAAACCCAACCGUCGAACAAAGUGAAGGAAUGGCGGAAGGCACUUAAAGAGGUUGCAGAUCUGGCAGGGAUGGUCUUACAAAAUCAAGCUGAUGGAUACGAGUCAAAGUUUAUCAACAAGAUUGUUCAAGUGAUAGGAGAAAAACUAAGGCGUAAACCCCUAAGUGUUCCCCACAUCAUGAUCGGAAUGCAUUCUCGAUUAAACGAACUGAAUUUAUGGUUACAAGAUGGAUCAGAUGAUGUUGGCAUACUUGUAAUUUAUGGCAUGAGUGGAAUAGGGAAGACAACCAUUGCAAAGUUUGUUUAUAAUUCAAACUAUGGAAGGUUUGAAGGAGGGAGCUUCCUUGAAAACAUAAGAGAAGUUUCGCAGCAACCCAAUGGCUUAGUUCAAUUACAAACACAGCUUCUUUCUAAUAUUUUGAAUGGGAGAAAUAUGAAAAUAAGCAGUGUUAGUGAAGGAUUAACUGAGAUUGAAGAUGCAAUAAGCUCUAAGAAGGUUCUCCUUGUUCUCGAUGAUGUGGAUCAUAUGGAUCAAUUAGAUGCAGUAUUUCAGAUGAAAGAUCAGUUUUAUCCAGGAAGUAAAAUCAUAAUAACAACUAGGCAUGCAAGAUUGUUAAGGGCUCAUCAAGUUACUAAGGUGCAUGAAGUUGAAACUUUGAAUUCCGAGGAAUCAUUGGAGCUUUUUAGUUGGCACGCUUUUGGUCAAGACCAUCCCAUUGAAGGUUACAUAGAAUAUUCGCAAAAAAUAGUGGGUCAUUGCGGAGGACUUCCAUUAGCUCUUAAAGUUUUAGGUUCUUCUAUGUACUUGGGGGAUAGUAUAGAUGUAUGGAAAAGUGCAUUGGAGAAGUUAGAAGCCAUUCCAAAUGGGGAAAUAGUAAAUAAACUAAGAGUAAGCUAUGACUCUUUGCAAGAUGACCAUGACCGAAAUUUAUUCCUCCACAUUGCUUGUUUCUUUAUCGGAAAGGACAAGGACUACAUUGUUAACAUACUAGAUGGAUGUGAUUUCCAUACAAUUGUUGGCAUUCAAAAUCUCAUCGAUAGAUGUUUGGUGAGUAUUGAUGGUAAGGUGGUGCAGAUGCAUGACAUGAUCCUUGGAAUGGGAAGACAAAUUGUUCGCCUAGAAUCAGAGAAGCCUUGGAAGCGUAGUAGAGUGUGGCGACAUAAGGAUGCCUUCAAUAUCUUGACAGAAAAGAAUGGUACAGAUUCAAUUGAAGGCCUUGUCCUCGACAUGCACAUGCUCCCUAGAAACAGUCACAUAAACUCAACGGAGAUAGUCUUGGAAACCAAUGCGUUUGCAAGGAUGCAUGAACUAAAACUACUCCAUCUUAGUCAUGUACAACUCGACGGAUCUUAUGCAGAAUUUUGUACAAGAUUAAGAUGGUUGUGUUGGAAUAAGUUUCCUUUGGAUUCUAUACCCACAGAUUUUCCAUUGGGGAGCCUGGUUGUUCUUGAAAUGCAAUAUAGCGGCUUGAGGCAAGUCUUCAAAGGAACAAAACGUCUUUCAUCAUUGAAGAUCCUUGAUCUCAGCCAUUCUCAUUCACUUACAGAAAUCACCGACUUCUCAUGUUGCCCAAAUCUAGAGAAAUUGAUUCUUGUAGAUUGUGAAAGACUGGUUGAUGUCAAUGAAUCCAUUGGGAACCUUGAGAGACUUGUUUACUUAAGUAUGAAGGAUUGCAAAAAUAUUAGGAUGCUUCCAGAGAACAUGUUUAUGCUAAAAUCACUUGAAACACUUAUUAUAUCUGGUUGCACAAAUCUUAAUGAGUUAUCAGUUGAGAUGUUAAGGAACAUGGAAUUUCUGAAAGUGCUUGAGAUGGAUGAAAUUCCGAUAACUCAAUUAUGGCGAGGAAGAAGUUCAUGUAUCUUGAGUUCUUUACCAUGCUCUUUAGUAAAUUUAAGUGUUUGGGGUUGCAAUCUUUCGGAUGAUGACUUUCCUAGGGAUUUUAGUAAUUUAUCCUCAUUGCGAAGACUAAAUGUAGGGAAUAAUCCAAUUUGUGUCCUACCAAAUUGCAUCCAAGGUUUAACAAGGCUCGAUAAACUCUCUUUUCCCAUGUGUAAGAGGCUCAAAUCGCUUGUGGGUUUACCAGAAGUAGAUGACUUGGAUAUCCAACAUUGCAUAUCUUUGGAAAAAAUAACAUAUCAGUACUUUCCACGCUUUAAUGGUUACUUUCGACAUCAUAUUUGGCCACUUACCCUUCCGCAUGAGAACCGCAACCUAGUUGAGUGGGAGGAUAGUUACAAGGUAGAACCUAUUGGAAGGGUUGACGUAGAUAUGAUCAACCUCUUGGGCUUGUGCAACUUGGAAUCCAUGGCACCCAUUUGGAUUCGAAAAACAUUCUGUAGUGCAAUAGAUCAAAGUCCUGUCCAGGGACUGUACGAACGUGGUAUAUUCAGCACAUUUUUUGCCGGGAAUGAGGUUCCGGGCCGAUUCAGCCAUAAAAGUAGAAGGUCCUCCAUAUCUUUUACUAUGACUUCACACAGAAUUCAAGCCUUGGUCAUCUUCGCUGCCUAUGAGAAUACCGUCUCUGAUCGUCCUUGGUAUUCGGCCGUCUCUGAUCGUCCUUGGUAUUCGGAGCAUUUUUUUUGUGGUUUUGGUGCAGAGAUCAUGGCUAGAGUCAGAAAUAAGAGCAAGGGUCAGAAGUGGUACUAUGGCCCAUCACAGUACGGUAUUCCAGGUGAAGGAGAAGACAUGAUAUGGUUAAGCCACUGGAAGUUUCAGAAUGAUCAGUUAGAAGGCGGCGAUCGAGUGGUUGUUUCAGUUUUUACGCCCUCUUGUUUUCCAGUAAAGGAGUUAGGCAUCCAGAUUGUGCAGGAACAAGAGGAGAAUCAUAAUACUAUGAUGAGUCCCCAACACAAAACCAUUCCACUUCUUGCAAAUUAUUCUACUCAUGAUGAACACUCAAUGGACGAAUUCUUCAAUGAUGAGGACUCUGAUGAAGAUACAACAGACAAAGAAGAAGAGCAGGAUGAUCACGCUAUUGCAGCUACUACAGGCAGCAAUAAAUCCGGCGGCCUCCGUGGCUGGAAGGUGCUCAUCACCGCAGCUUGCUUCUUUCUCACUCUUUCUCUAAUCACUCGCUCUUCUCUCUCUCAAAGAAAGAAGCGACAGUCCACAAGCCGUGGCUGAAUUUUUUGUACAUCUCAACUCAACAGCUGGUUAAUUGCCUGACAGAGUGGCUUUCUCCCUUCAUAUAAAUUAGCAUCAAACUUUUGUCUUUGCAUAUAUAAUUAUAUAUAUCCAAUGUCUUCCUAAGACCAA